CCCAGUCGGGUGUCAUGGCGUCCUCCUGUACACAGGCGUUUAGGCAUCAUGUUUGUAAAAGUAGCAGAUUAUUUCACAUUAACACACAGAAAUCAAACAGGAAUUUUACUCUGAGUUCUGCUGCGUAUCAACAGCCUGCAGUCUCAGCAUCAGCAUCAGAAGAAAUAGCCAUUCCAAAGAAGAAAACAUGGAGCAAGGAGGCUCUCUUACAAGCACUGGCAUCAACUGUCAACAGGGAUCCUACAGCAUCGCAAUACAGAUUUCAGGAUGAUCCAUUUCUCACACCAAGAACAUCAGGAGAGUAUAAAUUAUUUUCCUUGUCCCAAGAAUCAGGCAGAAAUGCUGCAAAAAUGUUCAUCGAUAAAUUCCCGAAAUACUUCCAGAAGGACUACGCAGAGCCUCAUAUUCCUUGUUUGAUGCCAGAGAGCCUGGAGCUUCAGAUAGAGGAGGUGUCAGAAGCGGCUCUGAUUGAGAGGAUUCAGCUGAGGAAAGUCAGAGCUGCUGUGGAUCUGUAUGAUCAACUGCUGCAGGCCGGUACCUCUGUGUCAUUGGAUGUGACCGAUCAGCUGUUAGAUCUGAUUUGUUUUUAUGGAGACCAUGAUCCUGUACAUGAUGCUCCAGAGCAGAGGGCAGAGGAAACCGAGGUGCAGGAUGAGUCGCAGAGUAAGAAAGGAAGACCGCCCAAACCUUCAGAUUUACUAAGAGCCGUCUGGAAAGAGAAUAAUAAUGCCGAGAGAAUAUUUGCGCUUCUGUCGGAGCCAAACACGCGUUCAUACAGCGCUCUCAUCAGGGGUAUGGUGAAGUAUGGCGCAUACUCCAAAGCUUUCAGCACCUACACUGACCUGCUAAACAACCGCCUGAUAGCUGAUGUGCACAUCUUCAAUGCCUUGAUCACAGCCGCUCCAGAAGUACAAGAGAAAUACAAUGAGAAAUGGGAGCUGGUAGUGGAUCUUCUGAAGCAGAUGGCAGAACAGAAGAUCAGACCCAAUCUCUUGACGCUUAACGCUGUCCUGAAGGCUUUGAGACGCUGUGGUGCUGUGGGAAAAUCGCAAGCCUUUCCCGUCAUCAGUGAGAUGAAGGCUCUGGCCAUCGAACCCAGUUUGGCCUCCUACAAUCACGUGUUGUGCAUCUUUUAUAAAGCAGGUGCCCCAAUUCAGGGCCAAUCGGACGUUUUACAGGAAGUGAUGAAUGAAGUUUCUGGAAAGAGCUUUAGCGCUCAGGACCCGGAUGAUGCACUGUUCUUCAUUACUGCUAUGAGGAUCUGCGUUGACACUAAAGACAUGGAGCAGGCGUACAGAGUUCACGAGCUGCUCGGGGUUGGAGACAACUGGCGAUUGCUGGGAGAGGCUUUCCAGCAGAACAUUUACUACGCACGCUUCUUCAGUCUGCUGUGUAUGAUGGAGAACAUUGAUGCGGUGUUGAAGUGGUACAGAGAUCUGAUUCCCUCAGUGCACUACCCUAAUUCCAAUGUCAUGAGAGAUUUACUGCAAGCUCUGGAUACUGACAACAGAUUAGACCUCAUUCCCCAGAUAUGGAAAGAUAUCAAACAGCUGGGCCACGCAAACAGACAGAAUCUGGUGGAAGAUGUGCUGACUCUCAUGGCCAGAGAGAAGCAAAGUCAAGAGGUUCAGGAGUCUUUUGCUCAGUGUGCACUGGAUGUGAAAAAAAUGUACGAAACGGGCGACCGUGGAAAGGUGACGCUGAGCUGGACAGCUUCUUCUCUCAGCGACGUCAUUUCCAUAUUGCUAGCAGCUCAGAGGAGGCGUGAGGCCUGGGAUAUGCUAAAGCUUUUCAAGACCAACAACAGAGUUCCAAGUGAGGAGCUGCUGAAUAAGUUUUUGACGUGUAUAAAGGAGAGUGGUGAUGUGAAUCAGGUGGUGGAACUGCUCCAGAUCGCCACUGGUUUCUGUUUGCCUGAGAUGUCAAAGCUCAUUGAGAGAGUCCAGCAGGAGUUUCAGCUGUCCGAACAGCAAAAGAGCAUCUUGUCUGAUCUGGAACUACAGACCUAUAACAGUGAUUAACUGUGAUGCCAAGAUUCUUCCUGCAGCGUGGAAUAAAAAUAAAAGUGCAUUGUCUGGUUUUUCACAAAUACUUCUGUACUUACUCAGAAUACACAAAGUACAUGUUUGCUGUAUGUACUCGAGAGUUCUCUACUCAAAUAAAAACUGUAAAUGAUUUAUUUGUUCCUCUCUUUGACCA